AGCGGUCGCCACCAGCUGCUGCCUGCUCGCAGCGGUCCGGCGAACAUCUGCCGAUGAGUCCCGGCGGCUGCAUCCGGAGCCUCACUCCCGCGUCACGGUGCAGUAGCGGGGACACGCUACCGCUCCGCUGCUUCCAGGGAGCUCGAGCCCAGCUGAGAGAGUUGGGUUUCUCUUUUUCUUCUCAAUUCUUCGAAGGUAAAAACAAUGACACAGCGGCUCACAUCUGUGGCCUCUGCUCGGAUGUUUUCUGCUAUCUCGCGCUUGUUGGCAACUAUUUCUUCCCUGCUCAUCUGAGGAAGCCUUUCCCGGGCUAACGGUCGCUUAUUCGGGGCUGCCCUCCAGCUUACACCGGGCAGAGGUGGGGGAGAGCAUUUUGGUACUUUGCCGAACUGCUCACGUUUCACAACAAAAAACAGAAACAGGUUGGAUUCAGAAGCAUUCGGACCGCGUCAUAUUACACCGGAGGACCACCGGUUGAACAGAAACACAAAGCAGCUGAUUUCCUCCGCGCGCGAGCCGCAGGAGAACAUUUUCUCAACUGGACAUUUUUCCUCGCGGAGACAUGGUGGUCUUCAACGGGCAGCUGAAGAUUAAAAUCUGCGAUGCAUUGGACCUAAAGCCCACGGCUUGGUCCCUGCGUCACGCCGUGGGUCCGAAGACCCAGACCUUCCUCCUGGACACGUAUAUCGCCCUAAACGUGGACGACUCACGCGUGGGUCAGACCUCCACCAAGCAGAAGACCAACAGCCCCACGUGGAACGACGAGUUCACUACGGAGGUCAUCGACGGCAGAAGGAUAGAGCUGUCCGUCUUCCAUGACGCCCCCAUCGGCUACGACGACUUCGUGGCCAACUGCAUCAUCCAGUUUGAGGACAUCUUGCACAGCGGCAGCAAGCACUACGAGAACUGGAUUGAUCUGGAGCCGGAGGGGAGAGUCUUUGUUGUUGUUGACUUAUCAGGAUCUUCCAGUGAAGAGGUGGGCUCUACCAACAAUGAGGAGCGGGUUUUCCGGCAGCGAAUGCGACCCAGGAAGCGGCAGGGGGCUGUUCGGCGGAGGGUCCACCAGGUCAACGGGCACAAGUUCAUGGCCACCUACCUGAGGCAGCCCACCUACUGCUCUCACUGCAGGGACUUCAUCUGGGGCGUUUUAGGAAAACAAGGUUACCAGUGUCAAGUUUGUACCUGUGUCGUCCAUAAGCGCUGCCAUGAGCUCAUCAUUACCAAGUGUGCAGGAAUGAAGAAGCAGGACGACACAGUCGGAGAACAGGUUGGGUCUCAGAGGUUCAGUGUCAACGUCCCGCACAAGUUCAGCAUUCACAACUUUAAAGUUCUGACCUUCUGCGACCACUGCGGCUCCCUGCUGUGGGGCCUGCUGCGACAGGGACUCCAGUGUAAAGUAUGUAAAGUGAACGUACACAGGCGAUGCGAGAGCAACGUCGCUCCGACAUGUGGAGUGGAUGCCAGAAGAAUUGCAACCGUCCUCUCAGAUCUUGGACUGACACCAGAUAAAAUCUCCAACAGCACCCAGAGGCGGAAAAAGCAGCUUCCUCAGACUCAUAAUCGUCAGCAGCUGCCAUCAGAGCUACAUCAGACAGAGGAGGACCACUCGAGGUCCGCCCCCACCUCUCCAUGUGAUCAAAAUGUGAAGGAGCUGGAGAACAUCCGGAAAGCUCUGUCCUUCGACCACCGCGGAGAGGAGCACAAAGCACACCCAAUGUCCUCGCCAUCGACAGUAGUGACGGUGGGAGAAAGAGGCACAGGGGGCGUCAAUGGAAGUGGGGUAAAGGAAGAGAGAAGCCAGGAGAAUGGCGAGGUCAAAGGUCACAGCGCUCCUGAGAUAACAAGGAUAAACCUGCACGACUUCCUGUUCAUAAAGGUGCUGGGGAAAGGAAGCUUCGGAAAGGUGAUGCUGGCCGAACUGAAGGGCACCGACGAGGUGUUCGCUGUCAAAGUGCUGAAGAAGGACGUGAUCCUGCAGGAUGACGACGUGGACUGCACCAUGACGGAGAAGAGGAUCCUGGCGCUGGCCAGGAAGCACCCGUAUCUGACCCAGCUCUUCUGCUGCUUCCAGACUAAAGACCGUCUGUUCUUCGUGAUGGAGUACGUUAACGGAGGCGAUCUGAUGUUCCAAAUACAGCGGUCUAGGAAGUUUGACGAGGCGCGCUCCCGAUUCUACGCCGCUGAGGUCACGUCCGCACUGAUGUUCCUGCACCGGCACGGGGUCGUUUACAGAGACCUGAAGUUGGACAACAUACUGCUAGACGCAGACGGUCACUGCAAACUGGCAGACUUUGGGAUGUGCAAGGAAGGAAUCCUGAAUGGAGUCACCACCACCACCUUCUGCGGGACGCCAGACUACAUCGCACCAGAGUUCAUGACGAAGAGUCCGAACAAGCGUCUGGGCUGCGUGGCAGCGCAAGGCUGUGAGGAUGCCAUCAAGCUCCAUCCGUUCUUCAGAGAAAUUGACUGGAUGUUGCUGGACCAGAGGAAGAUCAAGCCGCCGUUUAAACCUCGUAUUAAAACCAAAAGGGACGUCAAUAACUUUGACCAGGACUUUACACGUGAAGAACCUGUCCUGACGCCCGUGGAUGACAGCAUCAUCAAGCAGAUCAACCAAGAUGAGUUCAAAGGAUUCUCGUACUUCGGAGAUGAAACAUCUUAGAUUGCCGACAUGUUUUAUCUCAACUAUCCCAGGAAUUAUACUAGACCAUCGUGUCUUCAUUACGGAUCCUGUGCUUUUGUUUGUCCAUUUAUACAUAUGAACUAUAACUGUAUGCUUCAGCAGCAUGAGGCAGGGGUGUGCAUGCAUCUCCAGAAAGACGCUCAUUCCUUCACACAAUCUGACGUGUCCUGUAUCUGCCUGUAAAGAAUGUUUGUUUGUUUUUUCUCUUGUCUGAAUGGCAAAGACAUGAAUGACUAAUUUCAUUUAAAGCAAAAAAAAAAAAAAAAGAUCUUUAUUCCCUGAAAAAUGAAGCGCGGGAAGGCAGAGAAGUUGAUGUCUUACUUUCAGUCAAAGCAAGAAAGGAAAUGUUAGGAAGAGGCACCAAGUCCUCAACAUUUGCAUUGCUAAGCUUUAAUUUUUACUUAGCAAGGCUCUAUUUGAAGCAAAGAAUGGAGAGAAAGCAGAAACUGAUGACGGUGUAUUAGGGCCAUCAUAUAUA